AUGAAUGUACUUUCUAGAUUAUUGGAUGUUGCAGCUAGGUGUGGUAUUUUCAAAUAUCACCCUAGAUGUAAAAGGAUUUCCCUCACCCAUUUAUGCUUUGCUGAUGAUUUGUUGUUGUUCUGUUAUGGAUCUUUGGAUUCAGUGUUGGGGGUUGUUAGUGUUUUGAAUAAAUUUUAUGAGUUGUCUGGUUUAAUGCUCAAUGCUUCAAAGACGGAUAUGUAUGCUUGUGGGGUUAAUGAUGGAGUUUUGGAGCAGAUUAAGAGGGCCACGGGGUUUCGAAUCGGUCAGCUCCCUGUCAGAUAUUUGGGGGUUCCCUUAGUAACUCGCAAGCUCUUAAAGACAUAUUGUUAUGCCCUUAUGGAGAAAAUUAGGGACAAACUGAGGAAGUGGUCGAGUAAGAGACUAAGCUUUGGGGGCAGGCUGCAGCUUAUUAAAGUAGUAUUGUUUAGCAUCUUUAAUUACUGGAGCAUACAACUUAUACUGCCAAAGGGUAUGCUUCAGGAUAUUGAACGGUUGUGCAUGCGCUUCUUUUGGAAAUGA